AUGGUUAUCUCGAUCAACGUGUACAGCAUCGAGAAAGAGAACAAUAUUGCCCCGAUACGUCUUUCACAGCAGAAGCGAGAUAAGCACAUCAAUUUGCUAUACGUGAAAGAUAGUAACAACAGCGUGGGACAUUUCGUGUGGAUCAAGAAUCUAUCCCGACUAGUGAGCUCGCAACUGAGCAAAAAAGAUCACAAGAAAUAUGUCUACGAUCGAUGUCUACAUUAUUUUGGUUCGGACGACAAGUUGCAGUCGCAUACGGUCGACUGCGGAAAGCUAAACGAUUGCGCUGUCCGAUUGCCGAGCGACAAGGACAAGUGGCUCGAGUUCAGCAACCCUAAUCGGAAGGAGCGGCUCUAUUCAUUGUGUGGACGCCGACUUGGAAUGCGUCCUGGCCAAGAAGGA